UGAAGAGGCACCCGCGGAAUUGUUAUCGGUCUUUCUCUAUUUGAUGUUUAGUCAGUCACUCUUUAAAGAAAUCUCUUGUUCUUACCCUGCAUGUCGGACAAUCAAAGAUUCGGUUUGUACUGCUGGGAUUGUAGACAGUUCGCUUGAUCACACCGCAAUCAUCAUCGGAGCAUGGAUCAACUCUGGUGUCUGGUUUGACGCACUUGCAUUUAUACUUCACGUUUAUUAUGUAUGCGGUGCACAUGAUGAAAGAGACAGCUAUGGAGAUUCUAGAUCAAUGAAGAAAAUUGGUUGACUGAGAUGGGAGAGGUGAUUUUGUGAGAGGGGGGGGAGUGACUGGGUAUUUAUGCAUUCAGCUUUUCUUUUCUUCGCACUGAAUGUAAUUGUGCACUGUAAUGAUACUU